AUGCGAGUUUGCAGAGGAAAAAACGCAUUCUAUCCAUUCGAUGGAUUCCUUCCUAUUCAACUCAAGAAACCAUUUCAUUCUGAUACGACUAAAAUGCCAUCAGCAGCUGAACAUAUUCAAGAAUUGAUUCAUCAAUAUCCUGUGGUUGUUUUCUCCAAAUCAACAUGUCCGUAUUGUCGAACAGCGAAGAAGCUUCUAUCGAAAUAUAAUUUAGAAGACAAGUAUUACGUACUCGAACUGAAUGAACUAUCGAAUACCGAUGAAUAUCAAGAUGAAUUAAAGAAUUUAACUGAUGAUCGCACCGUACCACGAAUAUUCAUUGGCGGCAAAUGUAUUGGCGAUGAAGAAGAUUUGGAAAAUUUAGAAAAACAAGGUGAUUUAACAGUUUUAUUGAAAAAACAUAAAGCGAUCGAAGACUUGUAA